CGCUGAAGCAAAUCAGUUGUCGGUAUCGGAACUCAGAAGUCAUAACAGGGAGUUUUACAGUUUCAGAGGCUCGACGGCGGGCCUGCCGGAGAAGGAGGUUUGGUUUCUCUCCUAUUGUUUACUCAUCUCUUACCGCGCUCUGGAACUAGAAAUACUUUAGUUGGUAAAACGAAACAAUGACGAGUGAGGAGGAUUCCAUCGAACAAGCUGCGGUGGCGCGGCGUGAGAGGCUAAUGAAUCUUAAAGCUGCUAAGGAGCUUAUGAGCACCCCGGAUGAGGGUUCAGAACAAGUCGAGGAUAAGACGGAUCAGGAGGACGAAACAGCUAAUGGCGAUAAUGCAGGAUUGAAGUUUCGCAACUAUGUACCUCAAGCCAAGGAGCUUCAGGAGGGAAGGCUUGCUCCACCAGUGCUACCAAAGUUUGAAGAUCCGAUUGCAGCAGCCCCUCCAUCACCGGAGAAGAAAGAGGUGGAUCCUUUCCUCAACAUUGCUCCAAAGAAACCAAACUGGGACCUGCGUCGGGAUGUUCAGAAGAAGCUUGAGAAGCUUGACCGACGGACACAGAAAGCACUGUACAAACUUAUGGAGGAACAAGAGAAGGAGAGGCAGGCAGCUGAAAUGAUCGAAGAGGAUUAGAACGUCAUCUUCACUAUGGAUAAUCCAUUGUAGCUGUGAUAUGAGAUGCCAAAAACUAGAAUGCUGAUUUCCUUGUAGAAUUACACAAUGUAUAAUUGACAAAACAAUGC